UUCUCCAGCGACAGGCGAGGCGGGGCGUUCGGCUCGGCCCAGGCACAGCCACGAGCCCGGCCGGGGGGCGGCGGCGCAGGGGGGACGCUGCGGGCGGCGGCGGCAGCGGGAGCUGCUGCGGCGCACGGAUGGCAGCGGAGCCGGGAGCGGGGCUGCGCAUCUUCCGCGAUAUAUUAAGAAGAGCAGACAAGAAUGAUGAUGGGAAACUCUCCUUCGAUGAAUUCAAAGCUUACUUUGCUGAUGGAAUUCUGAGUGGGGAAGAACUACAUGAACUUUUUCACACCAUUGAUACACACAACAAUGACAACCUUGACACAGAAGAGCUCUGUGAAUAUUUUUCCCAGCACUUAGGAGAGUAUGAAAAUGUUCUAUCAGUCUUGGAAGACUUAAACAUAACCAUACUGAAGGCAAUGGACAAAACAAAGAAAGACUAUCAGGAAGCUUCUAAUUUGGAGCAGUUUGUGACUCGCUUUCUUUUGAAGGAAACACUGAACCAGCUUCAGUCCCUCCAGAGCUCCCUGGAGUGUGCCAUGGAAACCACAGAGGAGCAGACUCGGCAGGAGAGACAAGAUCCAGCAAAACCAGAAGUGCUCUCAAUUCAAUGGCCAGGAAAGCACUCAGCUCGGAGGCUGCACAGGAAUAACACCCUGUCACCAAACAGCCCUCGUUUUAGCACAGGUUGGAUGGAGGAAAACGGCCAGUGGAUGACCCAGAUAAACAGACUCCAAAACCUGAUUGACAGGCUGGAAAAGAAGGAUCUAAAGCUUGAGCCAUUUGAAGAGGAAGUUUUGGAAGAAAAUGCAAGAUCUCACAUAAUGAUUGUUCAACGUCAAAUGUCUGUGGUAGAAGAAGAAAUUGAGGAAUUUCGGCUUGCCCUGAAGCAGUACGUAGAAUCUGCUUCUACUCAGGGUGGCUGCCUGCAUGUUUCCAUACAGAAGCUUCCAAGUGAUUCCCGCUUCAUUGUUUAUGAGUUCUGGGAGAACAGCAAUGCCUGGAAUAGACACCUUCAAAUGACUUACAGCAAAACAUUCCAAAGAAGUAACGUGGACUUCUUGGAAACUCCAGAGCUCAUGACAACAAUGCUAGUCCCUGCAUCAUGGUGGGUCCUCAAUAACAACUAGAAGCUGUGGUUCCAAGUAAUGUUAAAGUUGCAUUGUCAUUCAUUGCAGUAACAUUCAUACAGCAGUGUCCAGGUGUGCCUGGUUAUGAAUUUACAAUGUGAUAUUGUUUGUUAUUUUAGAUGUGACCUUUUCCACUUUAAAAUAUGGAAAACUGCACAUGUAUUACCUUCUCUUCUUGUGACUAGUUCAGUGAAAUGAUGCAUCCUAAAGGCUGAAAUAAGACAACUAUGCUAAACUGUUUAUUGUGUAUAUUCAGUCAAAACUGUCACAGAGAAGUGCAUCUUGGUUGGUACAAUUAAAUAUUUGUGAAAAGUUUUAGUCUUGCAUUAAUACACAAUUGUUACUUAAUGCUGCUGUUUUCUCCUAUUACAGAAGAAACAGAUAUGAACAUGAACUCACAUUUUCAUACAUCUUAUGCUUGAGAGUUGUUGUUAAGUCAUUAAUUAGGAGAAUAAACAUAGGGACACCUUUCUGUGUUAACAGAGAACUUCACACAUACAGGAUAUUUUCUGCCUAGGAUAAGACAAGGCAGUACCAUUUUCUCUUCAGCCUCCAGCCCCACCCUUACAAGAGGUGAGGGCUUGCCUGUCUGUCAAGCCACUAUAAAUCCACAGACUAAACAUCUCAUGACCAAUUUGCUUUGAACGCUAUGUCCUGACCACUCAGAAGAUAUUUUCAUUAGAUUACUGAAUCAAACCCUUUGCCAAUGAACUCAGUGGAUCCUAGAUUCUCUAUGCAAAUGUGGAUGUCAGAAAAUGACAGGUGCCCAUGUUAAAGACAAAUUUCACCUGUAAAUCUUCUUACAGUAACUCAGCAAAAGUGAAUGCUUUUAAUAUUUAAGUCCAAAGCUUUCCCAGAUUGACAUGAUCCAACUACAGAUCUCUUAAUUUUCAAAAAGGCACCCAAAUAGCCGUAUUACACUCACAAAAUUACAUACCAGUGGAAGUUUGAAGGUUUCUUGUCUUUAGCAAAGUAAAACUACUCAUACUCCUCAAGAUCUGGCUGGCUUUUUUCCUAUGCCAAGAUUCCACUCUACUGUAUGGGAUGUUUUCUUUUGUCACUACUCAUCUACAGACAAAGGAAAUACAGUGAUAUGUGACUCUGCUGCAGGGUACAUCUGUGUGAACAGAGACACACUACACUGAGUACACUGAGGUUUAUGGCAUUUUUCCUUUUCAUUGGAAAAACUGUAUUAAAAUUAUUCUUAAAUAACCUGCUUUAGAAUUCCAUAUCAAUUAGGUGUUGGGGGGGAAGGAAAGUCCUAGUAGUUCGUAUGUCCUUCUAACAGUUACUCUGCUUUGUAUAUUUACUAGUAAAUAUCCUGGUUUCAGCUGGGAUAGAGUUAUUUCUGUGUGCUGGGCAUCAAUCAGUGGUGGUGAGCAAUUUAUUGGUUUUUUUGAAUUUUCAUUGCUCCUUUUUUUGUUGUUCCCUAUUAUUUAUCAAUAUUGUUAUUGUUGUUAUUAUUUCUAUUAUGACUAUAUUUUACUUUAGUUAUUAAACUGUUCUUAUCUC